AGAUUGUCAAAAUCGUAUGCACUAAACAUCAAAAUUUGUGUGGGAUACUCGUAAUCCUUCUCCAGCUUUCACGCAUUCCACCUUUACAGUUUUCACACCUGACAUGGCGUACCACCAUUGGCACGCAAACGGACAGGGGAUUGCGGUAACAACAGAUAUCCCUGCUACCCGAUCACUAAAACCCCUAAAUUCUCCUUCCAAAUCACAGCAUUCAAACUGGGUUUCACUGGGAGUGGAAAGAGAGAGACAUGAAGGAAGCAUUGGUGGUUUGCGGAGACAAGAAUUUAACGGUGGGACUCACGAUUUGGGACAUAGAAACAGGGGAUCAUCUUCUUCACAUACCCACAUGCGCUUCACACUUCCAUGGACUCACUUGUUUGAGAAAUCAGUACUUGGUCGCCUCUCAAAUUCACCUCCCUGGCUCCGUCGCUGGCGGCGUCAUCUUCACCUGGCCUUUCUCUAAGCCUCGUUCAUCAUUACGGAGCUAUACCAUUGAAGCCAUUGGGCCGAUUUCAAGCACGAAAGAUGGUAUAUAUUUGGCAGGUGGAGCCAUUUCUGGAAAUCUCUACAUUUGGGAGGUUAUUAGUGGUAAAUUGCUCAAAACUUGGCAUGCACAUAAUUCGCCAAUAACUUGUUUGGCUUUUUCUAAUGAUGCCUCUCUACUUAUAUCUGGAUCCGAAGAUGGAAUGAUAGUUGUUUGGCCAAUGAUAAGUUUACUAGAUGAUAAAAAUUUAGAAUCCUCUGAUUUAUCGCUAAGUGUUUCAACUGAGCAUAAAUCCUUCAUAACUGGACUCUUACCAUCUUCAUCUGUCUCUCAAUCAGUUUUUGUAUCAAGCUCACUUGAUGGCACAUGCAAGGUAUGGGAGCUUGUAAAAGGGACACUUUUGCAAACUUGGUCUUUUCCACAACCGAUAACUGCAACAGUUCUUGACCCUUUGGAGAGAUUUCUGUUUUCUGGAAGUGCAGAUGGAAGGAUCUUUAUGACCCCAUUUGAUGUUGGAUUGAUGAAGGAGGCUUCCUUUGAUUCAGAGGAUCAAAAAUUGGAAUUGAAUGGACAUAAGGAAUCUAUUACAACAUUGACUUUUUGUAAAUCCGGUCUUAUUUCUGCUUCUGAGGAUUGUACUGUUUGCUUGUGGAAUGUUAUUGAGGGUGUGAUCAUUCGACGAUUUAAUCAUCACAAAGGUUUUAUUACUAAUAUGGUUGUGAUCCCACACUCCUCACUCCUCCCCUUGCCACAUCAUCAUCGCCAAUUUACGAAUUUGCCCGUAUCAUUACUCCAAAAGUAUCCUCACCAAGACGAUCCAUCUAAUUCAAGUAUUACCCUUCUUCUACCAUCUUCUUCUACGCAACAACAAAUUACUCAUGAGUAUCAAAGUGCCAACUUACUGGAACAACAGAGUAUUGAUUUAGAGGUAGAAAGGACACCGGAAGCCUUACAGUUGAAAGUGGAAACGAACGUUGAGAAUAGAUUAUUGAUCACUAACAUGACAAAGCAUGUGAUAGAGAUGAACAGUCACUUACAAUCACGUUUGCUUGAUUUAACUCAACUUCGUCUUCUACAAAAUGAAACUCAUACAAAAAGUAACACCACACAUAAAUCAUAAAUUUAAUCAAACAAACAAAUAUAUAUUUUUUUAAAAUGUUGUAUGGAUGAACAGCUAAGUAGAUAAAUGACUGUAAGAAUAAUGGAUAUAUGAUGAAUGUGUGGAGUAAGUUGACAAAGAAGGUUUCUCUUACAUAAUCCAUUAUUGUCAUCGUUGUAUAUUAAGUCCCAUCAAGAUACAUGAUAAAGUGAAUAUAUACAAUUACAUUCAUAAAAGUCAAAAUUAUUUAAUACAUGAAAAAGAAAGAGUAAUAUUGGAAUAAAGGUCUCUAAUAGCUUAUUUUAUAUACAAUUACUACAAGGCAAAAUAUCAACACCCCAUGAAUAAAACUUUUUCAGCAGAUUGUUGGGUCCCAGCUUGAAUUUGAGCAGCAUACUGCAAGUGCCAAAGCACGUCUUCAAAAGAGGGUCUUGCCCAUGAAUCACCACAAAAGCAUUUUUUGGUUAUGGAGAUUAUAACCGAAAGUGAUUCCUGUGAGCAGGAAUCAAGUACAACAGGGUCCACUACUUUCUUCCGUUCCUCUUCACUUCCAAAAGAAGCCUGUAAAUAUAUCAAAAUAUAUCAAAACAAACAACAAUACCCAAAUCCCAUAACAAAGAUUUUUUCAAAGUAUCAUAUCUUAAUAAGAAAAACAAUAUAAAACACAACUUGUGUUUUUCUUAUUAACAUAUUAUACUUUGAAAAAUCUAUCCAAUUAUAGUGAUGAACAUUGC